CUGGCCAGGUCGCCUGAUAGGCUGCGAUGUUCUUCGACCUGAACGUCCCUGUACUUCGCUCCUCUGUGGAACGGGAUCGGAGUGCUCUUUUGUCGCAGCUGUUCGAACAUGGCUACGACUGCGUCGCCUUGAACACCAUCAUCUACGGCCGCCUUCCCAAACAGCACCGGUGCACUGUCGAGCGCAUCCACUUCGACCCCGAAGCGGCAUCAGCCGUCGGCAGCCGCCGCCGAAGGCGAAGAAGAACGUCCCGAGAACCUUCCUUGCUCCGAGCGACAGCCCGGGGCGGUGGUGCCGCUGCGCCUGGACACGGGGCUACGGCGGCGAGUGGCCCCGACCAGGUUUCACGCCUCACGGUGGUGCUGGAGAGCCCGGCGGACGCGCAGUCCCUGACUGCCGGAAGCGAGGCCCUUCAGUCGUACGACGUGGUGGCUGCCGUGCCCUGCUGCCAGAGGUCCUUCGAGGUCCUGUGCAAGGACAGCGAUGUGGACGUCAUCUCCCUCCCCUCCGGCAAGCGCCUUCCGUUCAACAUCAACAAGAAGAAUACUGAUGCAGCGUUGUCCAGGGGAGCCGUGUUCGAGGUUAGCUACAGCCAAGCUAUUCAGAAUUCGUCGAAUCGGAGAUUCCUGCUCUCAAACUGCGAGGCGCUGGUCACCUUCACGAGGGGUCGAGGGAUCCUUCUAGCGAGCGGGGCUGAGACGUGGCUUAACUGCCGCUCGCCGCACGACGUGGCCAACCUGGGGCAACUCCUGGGGCUGUCGCAGGAGCAGUCUCUUCGUGCUGUGUCCGACACACCGCUGGCUGUUCUCCGGCGAGCGGAAGCUCGUAAAGGCAGAUUCCGCGGAGCCACCGUCAGUGGCGGCGACGACCCCGCGCCAGCGCAACUGUUGGAGUCACUGCAAAUCCCCAAGGAGUUCUACUUGCCUGAGGCGGCGGCGGUUGUCGGUCCACAGGGAGGGAGCAAGGGCAACUCGGGUGGGCAGGACGCGGACGUCGAAGAAGACGUCGAAGAAGAAAACGACGAUGACGAAGACGGGGGGUUCUUGUCGUUUGGUACCUCGGCAGAGAUGGAUGUCGACCCGUGAAGUUUUUUUUUGUUUUGAGGAGGAUGAAUGUUGACCCGUUAUUUUUUAUGUCCGACGGGAGUGGUUGGUUGUGGACAUCGAGAUGGAUCGUUUUGAGAUGGCGAGCGUGGGGUUCAAAGGGCGUUGAGGUGAAUAAUGGGGUUCUCUCGGAGCGCUUGGAAACAGGAAAUUAUUCAAACGGCAACCCUCUUGGUACGGUGUAUAAGCACUGCUGUGUGUGAGCCUCUCUUUUUCUCCUGCUUGUUGCACGUUCUGCGGUUUCUCGUCCAAAGACGGAAAUCGAGUAUUUCAAGACUGAGCAAAGAAGACACGCCAGACCCUUUCGAAGUGUUAUCGCUAAGGUUUGUCUCUGGCUUUCGUUUCUGCGGAGGUCGGUGCGGUCGACAAUCAGCGCAGAAAACGGGUGGUUGCACUUGGGGCCAUUUGGCCCAUGGCCGGUGCUCUCGCUUUUUUCGACGCGAGAAACUUUGUCGUUAGGACACGGGUAGAAAUCGUGCCCACAUCUUCGUGGCUACGAUGCAAUGUUGAUACGAAGUCCGUCAACAGCUG